GGGCCUCUCCCGCCCCCUUUCAGGGCUAGAGAGGGGCUGCAGCAGAGCUGUGGGGAAAAGCCGCUCAAGGAAGGAGAUGAACCCCCUCCUCCGCUUCCGGAUGGUUCUGCUGCUCUGGAUAUUGCUGGCCGCCUGCCUGCCUGCUCUGUGUGCUGGGCAAGACCAGGCCACUUUUGUUCCCGAUGUGGGCUGGGAUGGAGGUGCCCAGAGGAACACACUGCUGGUCCAUACUGUGGAGGUCCCAUCCGAAGAUGAUCAGCUGCCACAGGCGGGAACAGAAGCCCAAGGAGCCGUUCAGGACCCCACAAAGUUGUCUCUCCCCUUUCCAGAUGAAGCUGCUGGCCAGGGGGAGAUGGUUCCGGGUGGGUCAAAAGAGCUGGGGGGCCUCCCAAAUUCUCUUGAGGGAGAGGAGGAGGAAGGCUGCCAGGACUGGGCCCUUUCCGGAAGUGUGAGCCAGAUUGCCUCGGCCAUGAGGGCCCUGGGGGUGGACCUUCUGCAGGAGAUUGAAACGGACGACAACAGGGGCAACUCCAUCCUCUCGCCCCUCAGCAUCAGCCUGGCCCUCGCCCACCUGGCUCUAGGGGCUGCCAACCAGACCCAGAGGCACCUCCUGGAGGUCCUGCACAUGGAGUCCGUGCCUUGCCUCCACCAGGCGCUGCGGGGGGUCACCCAGCACCUCCACCGGACAGCCCUCAGCAUAGCUGGCCGCCUCUUCCUGGAGAAAGGCUUCCCGAUCAAAGAGAAGUUCCUGGAGGCAUCCCAGAGAUUCUAUGGAGCAAAGCCGGCCCUGCUUUCUGGGAACAGCCAGGCUGACCUGGAGGCCAUCAACAGAUGGGUGGAAGAAGCCACCAAUGGGCAGAUCUCCACCAUGCUCACCGAGCUGCCUCCCAACGUUGUGAUGGUCCUUCUCAACGCAGUCUACUUCCGAGGGUUCUGGAAGACCAAGUUCAACCCACUCCUGACGGAACCCAGUCUGUUCCACCUGGACGAGGAAUCUGCGGUCUCUGUGGAGAUGAUGAAGGAGCGGGACUUCCCCCUCAGCUGGUUCAGAACAGAGUCCUUGGAGGCCGAGGUUGCCAAGUUUCCCUUUAAGGGCAACACCUCCUUCGUGGCCAUCGUCCCCAGCCUCCACCUGCGGAAGAACUUCUCUCAGGUUCUGUCUGAGGUCCUCCAGCUCGACCUGGAGAUGUUCCCCAAGGAGAGGUCCACCAUGGUGAAGAUGCCGAAGCUGCACUUAGAGGACCACGUGGACCUCAGUGGGGCCUUAACUCGGUUAGGUCUCGGAGAGCUCUUUUCUGCCCCAGACCUCCGCCACAUCACCGAGGGACCCCUGGUGGUCUCCAGCAUCCAGCACCGAGCCGCCCUGGAGCUGGCCGAGGCCGGAGUGCAGGCGGCAGCGGCCACCAGCGUGAUCGCCUUCCGCUCCAUCUCGGCUUUCUCCCUUGACCAGCCCUUCAUCUUCAUGAUCACAGAGGACAUCACGGGCAUCCCCCUCUUCCUGGGCACCGUCCGGAAUCCCAGCCCCGGAGCUGCCCGGGAGAAGACUGGCCAGGACCAUCUCAAUGAGAAGAAAGUCCUGCCUGUUGAUCACAAGCUUCACCUCUGGAAGCCCUGUGCAAGAGGGAUGUGUGAUCUGGCUCCUUUACACCCCCUGGAUUCUGACCAACCCUCUCGCUUGGCUGACGGAGGGCCGGCUUGGAAAGAGGCGGCGGCUGCUUUAAGAGGGACCCCACAAAGCUGUAACCUGAAGCCUCUUGCCGUCCCUGUGCCCGUUAUAAGCACCAGGCUCCCCCUGCCCUGCGCACACCGCCCUGCGGGCUGGCUGGAGAACAAGCAGCUGGUGAAGGAUUUCGAGGCAGAUCCUUCUCCUGUUGUCAGGAGACGCAGCACCAGAGUUAAUUGGAAGCUUGUGCAGAUCGGCUGCCCUAGGAUGGGCUCCCGUAAUUGCAGGCUUCUGCUAUUUCCACGUAGCCCUGGUGGCGCCAGCCUGGAGGGCUUUGGCUUUGGCCGAGGCUACGGUUUACCCUUUGGACACCGGGAGGAAGCAGCCCGGAAGCCAGAGAUAAAUUAUGCCCACUUGCCUACAGCUACUGGGCAAGAAAGCCGGCCAGGUCUCAAGGCGGGGCUGCUCAUGCCUUCCGAGACAAUUCCUACUCAGAAACCCAGUCUAGGAAACGUAGAAUGUAGCCCCCCCCCCUCCCCGGCCCACACUAACAAAUGCAAACGUUCCUGUCCCACCAUGAAACACCUGAUGGUCCUCCUGGGGCUGGCCGCCCUGGCCGUCUCUGGCCAAAGCCAAGAUGUGAGCCCUGCAAGCAGCCCCCAGGAGCUGGACCCCGCCAGGGAAGCUGGGCAGCAGGAGGAGGAGGAAGACCCCUUCUACAAGAGCCCCGUCAACAAACUGGCUGCCGCCGUCUCGAACUUUGGCUACGCCCUCUUCCGCCAGCAGUCCGGCCAGACCCCCUCGGCUAAUGUCCUGCUCUCCCCCUUCAGCGUUGCCACGGCUCUCUCGGCCCUCUCGUUGGGUGCGGGCGAGCGGACGGAGGACGUGAUCUCACGGGCCCUUUUCUACGACAUGUUGGACAAGGCCAACCUGCAUAGCACUUACAAGGAGCUCCUGGGCAGCAUCGGUGCCCCCAGCAAGGGCCUGAAGAGCGUCUCCCGCCUGGUGAUGGAGAAAAAGCUGAGAAUGAGAAUGGCUUUUGUGAACGAGCUGGAGAAAUCCUACGGCUUCCGGCCCCGGGUGCUCAGCGGAAACACCCGGGCGGAUCUGCAGGAGAUCAACCAGUGGGUGCAGCAGCGGACGGGGGGGAAAGUCGUCAGAUUCCUGGGGGAGAUCCCUGCCGGGCUCAGCAUCCUCCUGCUGGGGGCUGCCUCUUUCAAAGGGCAGUGGGCCACCAGGUUUGACCCCAAGCUGACCAAGCCUCAGGACUUCCACUUGGACGAAGACCGGAGCACCCGGGUGCCCAUGAUGUCGGCCCCCAGAGCCAUCCUGAAAUACGGCUUUGACUCUGAGCUCAACUGCAAGAUCGCCCAGCUGCCCCUGGCCGGAGGGCUCAGCAUCAUGUUCUUCCUGCCCGAGACCCCCACCCAGAACUUCACCCUCAUUGAGGAGAGCCUGACAGCCGAGUUCGUCCACGACAUCGACAAGCAGCUCAAGACUGUCCAGGCUGCGCUGAGCGUGCCGCGGCUGAGGCUGGUGGCCGAGACAAGGCUGGGGGAGGUGCUUCAGGAAAUGCGGCUCCAGGCUCUCUUCUCCACGCCAAACCUGGGCAAGAUCUCCGCCAAGGCCCUCCGGCUCUCUCAUGCGCAUCACAAGGUGGCCUUGGAGCUCGGGGAAGAUGGGGCCAGCGCCGUGUUCGCCUCAGAGACGGAGGCCGCUCGGCUGAACUUCCCCAUCGUCUACACCCUGGACAGGCCCUUCCUGUUUGUGCUCUACGACAACGACACUGGCACCCUCCUCUUCAUCGGAAAGAUCCUUGAGCCUCAGCAGGCCUAGAGCGCUCCACAUGGCCCCCGAGGCACAGGAGCAGAGGGGGGGGGGGUCCUUGACUGUGUCCCACAGCUGGUUUUGCUUCCAUGGUCCAAUAAAAGAGCUUCUGCCUUAAA